GCGGCCGUUCCCCCCGCGCCGCGAUAUGCGCCACCACGUAGUACACUAACUGGCACUCUGUCGGAACGUAUCAUUCGCAUCGUUGUUGUUAUUUCGUUUCUUUCUCGUAAAAUGAUGAUAAUUAUCAUUGUGUGAUAACAAAUUGUAGUGAUUUAUAGAUUAAUAGUGCUAGCAAAAGACAAACAAUGGAUGAAAUGGCAGCAGUAAAGGUCGAUGAUGAAGAGAAGUUCAAAAUCUUACACUCGAUUGUGUAUACGACAAGAUUGGAUGAAAUGAAUAUUUUUAGUAAAGUUAGAAGCACCAAGGAUACUGAUACGGUAUUUGAAGCCAUAAUCAAAGAGAGUAAACCCAAUAUAAACAGAAAACGGCUAAGAAGUAAUUCAAUGGAUGCCAAUGAACGACUCUCAGCAUAUGAAGAUUUAUCAUUACGUAUAAAUUUUGUGAAUAAAAAAGCUCGUGUAAAUCGACAUAAUAAAAAUCUUCUACGGUUAUGUAAACCUGUAACAGCUGUGGUUGAAAAAUUAAAAAUGAACUCAAAUAAGGAUAUCAUAGAAAACACAAAAUAUCUAACACUUAUACCAUUUUUCAGAAUGAAUACCCGGCAUAAAAUUAACAUCCUAUAUGAUCUGCAAAAUAACGAAAUUGAUGUUUAUUUUCUGGAUAGUUUCUUGUCCUUGAAGGAAUAUGUCAGGCUUCAAAACAUACAAUCUUUUAAAAGUGGACUUAAAGAAUUAGCGAGAUCACAUGAAAAUAUUUUGACAAGGUAUUUUUGUUGCUGGUAUGCAAGAAAAAACUGGUUAGAUGGAUAUCGACACAGUCAAGGCCUCAAAACUCCAAGAAGUCAAGAUGCUCUAAACUUUAUGAGAAAAACACACAAGUGCUCCAUUAAUAAUUGCCUUUGUUGCUGUUCUACUAAAUUAGUUUUAUCAAAUGAAAACUAUAUAAAGAACAAAAUAAACCGGUCAGAAAAACCCCGCGAUUGGUACAACAAAAUGACAGAAAGAACAGAUUUAAUGAAUACACCUAUAGCAAAAUCUUUUAAAAACGAUAAUAAAAGUUUAGGAACAUCAAAUAUCAAUUGUAACAUUAAACACGAAUUAUCAUGUAAUUCAGAAAACAUUAAUAUAAAUUCUAAAAACCAACUACCAACAAACUUAUUGAAAAACUUAUGUUGUUGGUAUAAACAGGAAGAAUUGUCUGCUCGUUUCUUAGCAGAUGGUGGUUUUAAGGGUAUAAUCAAUUUCAUGAGACGACCCCAUCUUUGUUCCAUUAUGAACUGUAAGUGCUGUUGUAAACCUAAAAAAACUCAAAUGACUAAAGUGUCGUAUUUUGAUAUACCUGUUAGACAUACCAAUCAUUUUACCAAGUACAAGGAUGUUAAAUUUUUAAACAAUCAGACCAAACCUCUCAACACACGCGGGACCAAACCCAUCUCCGCCUAUAGAUCUAGUUCCGUCGAUAGAAGUAGACCAGAACCCGUCGGUGCAAGCAAGCCUAAUCCUAUUGAUGCAAGAAUUUCCAAUCCCGUCGAUGUAAGCAGACCUAAUCUCGUGAAUGAGAGCAGACUCAACAUAAACAAUGUAAACAGACCCAACAUCACCAAUGUGACUGUACCCAACAUCGCCAGUGUGACCAGACCCAACAUCGCCAAUGUGACUAGACCCAAUAUCGCCAGUGUGACCAGACCCAACAUCGCCAAUGUGACUAGACCCAGCAUCGCCAAUGUAACCAGACCCAACAUCGCCAAUGUGACUAGACCCAAUAUCGCCAGUGUGACCAGACCCAACAUCGCCAAUGUGACUAGACCCAGCAUCGCCAAUGUAACCAGACCCAACAUCGCCAAUGUGACCAGACCCAUCAUCGCCAAUGUGACCAGACCCAACAUCGCCAAUGUGACCAGACCCAACAUCGCCAAUGUGACCAGACCCAACAUCGCUAAUGUAACCAGACCCAACAUCGCUAAUGUAACCAGACCCAACUUCGCUAAUAUGACCAGACCUAACAUCGUCAAUGUGACCCAACCCAACACCGUCAAUGUGAUCAGACCCGACAUUGUCAAUGUGAACACAACCAAUAACGCCAACGUGAACAUACCCGAUUUCAUCAAUUCGAGCAAUUCCAAACAUGAAACAAAUCCAAAGAAAAAUAACGACAUUUGCCUAGUUACGUUUUCAAUUUCUCUAACUGCAUUUCAAUAUAUGUUACAACACAAAAAAGAAGCACCUCUUGAAGAAAUUUUAAAUUUAAUUAUGAAAAAACGACCAACUAACGAACACAAAUGGGACAAAUUCGUGCAUUUUAUUAUUAACACGUCACAUUUCCCGUAUGCAGUUGCUAUUGAAAAGAUAGAUAUGGACAGUUUAACUACAAAAGAAUUACUAAUUUUAGAUAUGAUUUUUAGUGCAAUUGAAACUUUCUCUAAACAAUCAAGUGCUAAAUUGAAAGCUCAAACUUCAAAACUAUUUUGUACUAAAGAAACGCAAACGCCCCAAACACAUACUAAAAAAAAGGAUAUGUCAUCAAUAAAUGAGGUACUCAGGGCUACAUCACUUUUACGAAGUUAUCAGUUCGCGACUAGCUUAGAAGAUCACCUUCGACAUUUAAGGCUACCUAAGAAUCUACAGUUAGAUUGUCUCCUGAACAACAGAAAUGAUCCUUAUAAACCAGUAUACAUAAAAGAGAGGCGAUAACAGGAGACAGAUGGGGGUAAGCUACUUUUUAUCAAACUCAUGAUCCCUGUAUUUUUCAAUAAGAUCGAUUUUUACCGAAGACCUUAGGAAAUAUGCUGAUGAUUUAUAGCUUAUGAAAGUAAGGGCAUAAUAAUUAUGACAAAUACAGCGUUAUUAAAAACUGAAUAGCAUAAAAUGCAA